AAACGGUUGAAUUUUAUUGUGUGCACAUGCUUUGAGUUUGAUAAACAAACAGCCUUGUUGAUAAUCGUGAUUUGCAGCAUCUGCAGAAAACAAAGGGAAUCCCAAAAAUAAAAUAAAAAUUAUGGAGGCCCUGAAGAGCACAGAGCAUUACAUAGGUAUUGAUGUCGGGACUGGCUCUGCCCGGGCCUGUCUUAUCGAUGCCACCGGCGACAUAAAGUCACUCGCAACCAAGGAAAUCAAGCUUUGGCAGCCUGCAGCCGGCUACGAGGGCUCCCACUAUGAGCAAUCAACAACCGAUAUCUGGGAUGCAAUCUGCUUCUGCGUCAAGAAAGUGGUAACCGACACGGGAAUUGACACUUCCACAAUUCACGGCAUAGGAUUUGAUGCAACCUGCUCACUCGCAGUCUUUAGCCACGACACCGAUGAGCCAAUCCCCGUUACCGGCCCAGACUUUUCCAAUGCCUCCGGGGAAGACCGCAAUGUGAUACUGUGGCUGGAUCACCGUCCCUUGGCUGAAGCCGAGAAGAUUAAUGCAACAGGCCACAAUUUGCUGCGCUACGUCGGUGGUAAGAUGAGCGUCGAGAUGGAAAUCCCAAAGAUAUUGUGGCUCAAGAACAACAUGCCUAAAGAUCUCUUUGAUCGCUGCAAGUUUUACGAUCUUGCAGACGCCCUGACUCACCUCGCCACUGGAAGAAACACGAGAAGCUUCUGCAGCACGGUGUGCAAGCAGGGCUUUGUCCCAGUUGGUGUCGAUGGGAGCGUCAAGGGGUGGCAGGAGGACUUUUACCAUACAAUUGGCCUCAGCGACCUGGUGGAGGAUGACUUCAAGCGGAUGGGAGGGGUUAACGGGGUGAGCGGCGAGUACCUGAGUGCCGGAGAGCUGGUCGGUGGACUAAGCGAGAAGGCAGCCACUGAGCUUGGCUUGCGUCCCGGGAUUGCCGUGGGUAGCGGUGUUAUUGAUGCCUAUGCUGGCUGGAUUGGUACCGUGGGUGCCAAGGUCAACCUCACACCCGACGAGCUUGACGAAACCGUGGCGCCCAAUGAUGUGGCACAAGCCUUCACGCGACUGGCGGCCGUUGCGGGCACCUCGACUUGCCACUUGGCCAUGUCCAAAGAGGCAGUGUUUGUAAAUGGAGUCUGGGGCCCAUAUCGUGAUGUGCUCAUCCCGGGCUUUUGGAUGGCCGAGGGUGGACAGUCGGCCACCGGCGAGCUUAUGCGGCACAUGAUCGAGACGCACGCGGCCUUUGUUGAGACCCAGGCAGCCGCCGCUGCCCAAGGCAAGAACAUAUACGACUAUUUGAACGAGCACCUGCGACAGAUGGCCAGCAAGGUCCAGGCCCCCUCGAUAUCGUGGCUGGCACGUCAUUUCUUCUUCUACGGCGAUCUCUGGGGCAACAGAUCCCCCGUGGCCGACCCCAACAUGCGUGGUGCCAUCGUCGGUAUGAGCAGCGACAAGACUGCCGACUCGUUGGCCCUGCUUUACUAUUCCACCAUGGAGUUUAUUGCUUUGCAGACGAGACAGAUCGUCGAAACCAUGAACAAGGCCGGCCACUCCAUCAGCAGCAUUUUCAUGAGCGGUAGCCAGUGCCAGAACGAGAUCCUGAUGGACCUCAUCGCCACUGCCUGCAGAAUGCAUGUGCUGAUCCCGCGCUACGUCAAUGCCGCAGUCGUCCACGGCGCGGCUAUGCUGGGCGCCAAGGCUGCGAGUGCAGAUACUGAAGGCAAGACGGAGGACCUGUGGAGCAUCAUGGACCGCAUGAGUAAGCCUGGGCGUCUGGUAAACCCUGCACGGGAUCAGGGCUUAAGCAAACUGCUUGAUGCCAAAUACGAGAUCUUUUUGGAGCAAUGUCGCUCACAGCAGGAGUAUAGGAGGCAGGUGGACAAGGCCAUUGGGGCCUAGAUAGAGGGUUCAGCGUUGUGCAUAAGCUGAUAGCAAGUUCGGGGGUGGUUUGAACUGGUGGCAUCCAGUAAAGCAAGCUGCGACGCUCGUGUUGCUUUCAAGUCUCGAUUUGAAACUAUUGGAGUCGUUUAAACACUUUCCAAGGGUUUAAACCCGUGGCGCAAAGCAAUUUUUUUAACACAACUUCUUAUUUCUUUAUUUAUUCUUUGCUCUUGGCCAUUAUAUUUAUGUACGUUUUCUCUCCUUUUUACCUCCUUUUUUUUUUUUUUACUCCUGAGGGACUGGUCACUUUCAAAGUAUCUAUGCUUGCACUGGUUUGAGACCAUGUCUAGAUAAUUAGAAUCACGCUAGAUUUAUAACUAUACG